CUCCUGCACAUUGUACUGUCUGUCCUCUAAAUGAACAACAUUGUUUGGUUCUGUCUAUCCUCUAAAUAAACAACAUUGUUUGGUUCUGUCUGUCCUCUAAAUAAACAACAUUGUGUGGUUCUAUCCUCUAAAUAAACAACAUUGUGUGGUUCUGUCUAUCCUCUAAAUAAACAGUAUUGUGUUGUUCUGUCUACCCUCUAAAUAACUAAAUGUAACAAAUGUCUCCCUCCAGGUUUGUGGACAUUGCUCUGAGGACCAUCAUGCGGGUCAUGUGGUUUGCAGGAGGUUUCCAUUGGAUGACGGUGAAGGGGCGCCAGGCGCUACCGGCGGAGGCUCCUAUCCUAACCCUGGGACCCCACUCCUCCUACUUCGACGCUAUCCCCGUCACCAUGUCCAUGGCCUCCAUCGUCAUGAAGGCAGAGAGCAAGGACAUCCCUGUCUGGGGCACUCUGAUCAAGUACAUCAGACCAGUGUUUGUCUCGAGGUCAGACCAGGACUCCCGUAAGAAGACUGUUGAAGAGAUCAAACGCAGAGCCCACUCUGGAGGAGAAUGGCCUCAGAUAAUGAUUUUCCCAGAGGGGACGUGCACCAACAGGUCCUGUCUUAUCACAUACAAACCAGGAGCGUUUAUUCCAGCGGUGCCAGUUCAGCCUGUGGUGAUAAAAUACCCCAAUAAAAUGGACACCAUCACCUGGACGUGGCAGGGGCCUGGAGCGUUUAAGAUCCUGUGGCUCACACUGUGCCAGCUGCACAAUGAGUUCAUAAUUGAGUUCCUUCCCGUCUACACUCCAUCAGAAGAGGAGAAGAACAACCCUGCUCUGUUUGCUCACAACGUCAGGCGCCUGAUGGCCAAGGCCCUGGACAUCCCCGUCACUGACUACUCCUUUGAAGACUGUCAGCUGGCCAUGGCUGAGGGUCAACUCAGACUCCCUGUUGACACCUGCCUGCUGGAGUUCGCCAAGCUGGUCCGGAGACUGGGGUUGAAGCCCCAGAACGUGGAGAAGGGACUUCAGGAGUUUGGGAACAGAGCCAGGAAGAUGGAGGGAGAGAAGCUGCGUCUGGAAGACUUUGCCCAUUACCUAGAUGUCCCUGUGUCAGACAUGCUCAGAGACCUCUUCUCUCUCUUCAACGAGCAGGAAGACAACAUGAUAGACAUCAGAGAAUAUGUCAUCGCCUUAUCUGUUGUAUGCAGACCUGCUAAAACUAUGGAGACCAUGAAACUGGCCUUCAAGAUGUUUGAGGCGGAGGAGGACGGUGCGAUCACAGAGGCUGAGUUGGCCUGCAUCCUAAAGACAGCGCUAGGAGUAGCUGACCUUAACGUCUCACGUCUCUUCACUGCUAUUGACACAGAGGACACAGGGAAACUGACCUUCGACAAGUUCAGGAGCUUUGCAGAGCAGCAACCAAACUUCAGUGAGGACUACCUGUCCACAGACAAUACAGGCCUGAAUGGCUGCCCUCACCAGUCCAACAUCACGCCCAACACCAAGCCCCAGACCAAUGGGUUCUGCCCUGACUUCAGCCCGCCAGACAACCCCCACAGCACAACGACGGACGGUUCAGUGAAGAAACACAACUGAGUCUGUUAGCCAUCUCAGAAUCCACCUCUCCUGGUGAGAGAGUGGUGCUGGUGGAGGGGGGAGGGGGGUAGUGUCGUUGUUGUUGAUGGGCUAUAUGUAUGGUCAGUCAGAUACACACACACACACACACACACACACACACACACACACACACACACACAUGAUAAAUGUAGCCCUUAUUAACCGUAUCAUAACGUUUAUGUUGUUAGUUUUAUCUUGGGGAUCAAACGUUGUUGUUUUUGUUGAGUUUGUCUGUAUUUGUUCUGAGAGAGGAACGUGCAUUUCAAUGCCAAAAGAUGGCUCCUGAUGAUUGAAGAGAAAGAAGCGUGAACACAUGAAGGUCAAGCACUUAUUACGUUUCCUCCAUGUUGGGGUUUGAGUGUGGUUGAUACUGACCAUGCAUGUGUUUAGUGAAUUCAGUGUUUUAACUGUUUCUAUGUUUAAUCUUCUUCUUCCUUAUGGCAGCGGCCAUUUUAAAUGACAGGUUUGAGUCCGCAUGGGUUCAUUACUGUCAGUGAGCAGUAUUGAGGGAAUCUGACUGAAUAGAACAGCCUUGGAGCACCAAUGACAUUGUCUGACCCCACUUUGGCUUUGAUUGAACUCCAUUUCUUUUGGUAGGUCAGAUUUGAGGUGCAUAUGGCUGAUACAAGAUGUAGGAUCUUAAUUUGAGCCAGUUUGCUACAGCAGGAAAAUAAUCCUGCAGCAAUAGAAA